AUGCCUGCGCCACCCGCCCCGGUUCCCGAGCACCUCGUGCAGUUCGCGCACCGCCUGGCGGACGCCGCGCGCGAGGUCGUUCCGCCGUUCUUCCGCCAGCCAAUCGGCAUCGAGCUGAAGGCGGACGAGAGCCCUGUGACGGCGGCGGAUCGCGCGGCGGAGGCGGCGAUAACGGCGCUGAUCCGCGCGGAGUACCCCGCGCACGGCAUCCUGGGCGAGGAGCAGGGGCUGCAGGGGCCCGUGCGGGCGGGAGACGCUGGGGAGGGCGCAGCGGGGGGAGAGGGCGAGGGCGGGUGGGAGAGCGAGUGCGAGUGGGUGUGGGUGAUCGAUCCGAUCGACGGCACGGCGAGCUUCAUCACGGGCAAGCCGCUCUUCGGCACGCUCGUCGCGCUGCUGCACCGCGGCCGCCCCGUGCUGGGCGUGCUCGAGCAGCCCGUGCUGCGCGAGCGAUGGGUCGGCGUUGCUGGCCGCCCCACCACCUUUAACGGCGUCCCGGUCGCCACGCGCCGCUGCGCCGAUCUGCGCGACGCGUACGUGUACACCACGUCGCCGGACCUCUUCCCCGGCGCCAGCGGCGAGGCGUUCCGCGCGGUGAAGAGCGGUGCGCGCAAGGCGAACUACGGGUGCGACUGCUACGCGUUCGGGCUGCUGUCGAGCGGGUUCGUGGACGUGGCGCUGGAGUUCGGCGUCAAGCCCUGGGACUACCUCGCUCUCGUCCCCAUUGUGGCGGGCGCGGGCGGGCGCAUGACCGACUGGCGCGGGCGCGAGCUGCGGCUGGCGUCGCUGCGCGCGGAGGACUGGGUGGGCGACGUGGUGGCGACGGGCGACGCGCAGCUGCAUGCGACGGUGCUGGCGACGCUGGCUUGGGAGCAGCGCGGCAAGGGCGAGCGGGGCGCUGAUAUCGGAGCACAGUACCUAGAACCUCCCGCAGAUCGUCUCGCCAGUCCCUUUCAAAACUGUCCCGCAACGGCCUCCGCCAUGCAGCCCCGCGCUCUCCUCCCCCAUUCCCCGCGCCCUUCCGCCUUUUCCCCGCUCACCCAUCCCCUGCUCACCCGCGUUUCCGCCGCUCCCCGCCGCAUCUCGCCUCGCGCCCAGCAAUCAGGCCCUUCCGACACUCCGCGCGCCGAUGCGCCCGCGCCUGCGCAGGCCACGAUGGCGGACGGCACGGAAUUUGUGCGCGCGCAUCUGCUCCGGCUGAAGGCCUACACCCCCAUCGUGCCGUUCGAGGUGCGCCCAUCCGCCCUUCCAGUCUCCGCAUCGCUCACCCCUCUCCCUCCCUUCCUUCCCCGCCCCUCUCACUGCACUGGUGCGCCUGGGCGGGCGGGGGACUGCGCGCGCUUGGAUUGGGGGGAGGGGGGGGUGGCGGAGCAGGUGCUGUCGGCGCAGCUGGGGCGCGCGCCGGAGGACAUCGUGAAGCUGGACGCCAACGAGAACCCCUACGGCCCGCCUCCUGAGGUGCGCUGCUGCCCUGGGGGGGGAGAGAGUGCAGGGGAGGGGGGGAAUGCAGGGGGCAGGAGGGAGUGGUGGGGCCAGUGGGGAAUGCAGGGUGCGGUAAGCAGUGAGGGUGGUGAUGGGGUUGUGGCGAGGGCAGUGCAUGUGCGUGGGUGCUCUUCGACCACCCGUGCCUCCUCACUGCCGUGCUUGCCCUUCCUGCUUGCAGUGAGGGAGGCGCUGGGGUCUCUAUCAUUCCCGCACGUGUAUCCGGACCCGGAGAGCCGCCAGCUGAGGGCAGCAUUGGCGCAGGACUGUGGCGUGCCCAUGGAGCAUCUGCUCGUGGGCUGUGGGGCGGACGAGCUCAUCGACCUCAUCAUGCGGUGUGUGUUGGAGCCGGGGGAGGCGAUAGUGGACUGUCCGCCCACCUUCACCAUGUAUGCGUUCGACGCCCAUGUCAACAACGCACGCGUCAUCACGGUGCCGCGGCGCAGCGACUUCUCAAUAGACGUGGCGGGCGUGGUGGCGGCGGUGGAGGCGCACCGCCCCAAGCUGCUCUUCCUCACCUCGCCCAACAACCCUGACGGCAGCAUGUUGAGUGGGGAGGACCUGCAGCAGCUGCUGCGGCUACCAGUGCUGGUGGUGCUGGACGAGGCGUACAUUGAGUUCAGCGACCGCCCCUCCGCCAUGCCGCUCGUGCAGCGCCACGCCAACCUCAUUGUGCUCCGCACCUUCAGCAAGCGCGCCGGGCUGGCGGGGCUGAGGGUGGGGUACGGGGCGUUCCCGCUGCCGCUGGUGGAGUACCUGUGGCGCGCCAAGCAGCCCUACAACGUGUCUGUUGCAGCCGAGGUCGCUGCCUGUGCAGCACUCUCCAACCAGCCCUACCUGCAGGAGGUGAGGGAUGCGCUGGUGAGGGAGAGGGCGCGCCUAAUGGACCACCUCACAGCGCUGCCCUUCCUCAAGCCCUUCCCCAGCCAUGCCAACUUCAUUCUCUGCGCCCUGCACAACACCCACUGGACUGCCAAGCAGCUCAAGGAGGAGCUGGCAGCGCGGGGCAUCAUGGUGCGGCACUACAGCCAGCCUGACCUCUGCAACUACAUUCGCAUCAGCGUCGGCAAGCCCGAGCACACAGAUGCACUCAUUCGAGCACUCUCACUGUUAACUUAG